AAGCUUCAACCUUUGAGUAUUAAUAUUACAUGUAAUAUUAUAUGCUCAAAGGCUUCAACGUGGCUGUGGUGUGGUAAAGAUUUGUCAGAUUUGUAAUGUGAACACUAAACAGUGAAUUAUGCAUUUCUUCAACACUAAUUGUGGAAUGUUUUAAUCGUAUGUAGUUUACUGGCACUCGAAGAUAGUUGCUUGAUUGAUUGUGCCCUUUUCCGAUGUCUUAUCAGUCGAAUUCGCCGGUACGUCUACGUAUUAUGUAAUAAUGCAGCAUCGUGUUAUUAUGGUUCUAUGAGGUGUACGAAUUAUCGUGUUUCUAAUUUACCGUUUGAAAGAUCUCAAUUUUGGUUCCGUUUUGCAUUCCAACACCUAAUUCGCGUGUCUAUACAUAGUAAUCGAUAGCGAUAGUCGCAGCAAGAUGACCGAUUCGCCGACGGAUUUGCAAAGUUUGGCCGCAAAAUACGUUUGCAUUCAGCUGCUACACGAAUGGGCCGAAGGUGAAACACCGGUAAUCGACGUUUGGCGAAAAGGUAACGGAUAUCAUACCUGCUCGGAUCACGACUGGUUCGUUUGGCAGUUAUACGAAAUGCAAGUACCUCGAUUUGCGACCAUCAUACCGAAUAAAAUCCGAUACCAAAUCGAAGACAACAUGGCGCUGAUCGUCGAGCAAGUCAUGAUCUGGAUCCAGUAUCAUCACGAGGUGAAUUUCUUCCACGAUCAACCAUCGACGCCAACGUCUUCGUUGAGCGAAUACGUCGUGAAGCUGGUUUGGAAUCAUCAUUUUAAUAUCGACUACGCUGCGACUGCUAAAAAUAUCCUGACCAAUGAGAAGCUGAGUCCGUUGGAGAGGUUCAGAUUCGCCAGUACUUACUGCAUCGUCGAAGAGAUCGAAAAGUUUCGCGACUUGAUGGCCGAUGCCAAUUUGGUGCUACCGGAAUGGGAUUUUAUAAAGGAUCCGUUCAUGGUGUAUUGGAGCAAGUAUUUGAGAAACGAGUUAGAUACGAUAUCGGUACCCGGAGUCAGCGAUAAGUUUUCUGUAGACACGUUGAUGUUUGUUAAAACAGUGGAGGAGUUCGAUUUGUGGCCACCGGUCGAACACUUCUUCGAUAAAGUCGACUGGAAGAUGAAAGCAGUCAAAUUCGAACAUAUCGUCGAACGGUAUGGUAAAAACUACCUGAAAGAGUUGUUGGCCAAAUUGACCGUUGAAGAGUGGAUGAACGCCGCUAGUUUUUUUGCGAUUUCGAAAAUGGUCGAGAAAAUCGUUGGGUACGGUACUUUGGACGGCGUACGUUUCAUUUGGCAGCUCUACCAGAGUAAAAUGAAGUCGAAGGAUUUCCGCGGUAUUCUCGAAACCCUAGUACCGUUAUCGACGAGAAACCCGAGCAAUUUCGAAAAAUGGACCCCUCUGUUGAUGGAAAUUUGGACCAGCGCUGGUAGCGAAUUGAAAGAAUCGGCCAUCGAUAUCAAAUUAUGGCAGAGUAUCGGUGAAAACUGCAUCUACCAGAUUCCGCUCGGAGAUACGAAGGCAUUUCGCGCACGUCGCCAGAUCAGCGAUCCGAUGAAAUUCAUCAAACUGGUGUUGAAAAGCAUGGAGGCGAAGAAAAGAACGGAAUUCUUCGAGAAGAAUUUCAACUCGCUGAUUAUCUGGGUACCGUUCGCAGAGUUGGAUAAAUUGAUGCGCGAAUUUCUGGAACGGUUCGAUCGCGACGUUGUCCAGUUGAAAAAACAAAUCGCCAAAUGCUCCGAAGACGAAGGCGAAAUCAAUCAAUCGCUUUACAUAUUGUUGGCUUUUGGCGAUUUCGACGCAUUCGACGCAGUGGUAUCGUUUUAUUUUCCUGCUGUUGAGGGAUUCUUGGCAGCAGCAGAUGAAGACGAAGAAAGGUUGACGUACUAUAAAUGGAUGUUUUUGGUGCCUAUGACGGGUCUGAAGGCGUUGAGUAUGAGUCUAUAUUUCGCUGAUUGGCGAACGGUGUACGAGUACGUGAAGAAAACCACUGUGAAAGUGAAGAUCGCGCCGGAUGCGUUUAUGAUUACGCUGAUCGAGGCCGGAUGGUUCCAAGAUAUUCGUCAUUUGGACGAGAAACUGAAUAAGGGCGAAAUGAGAGACUUGAAGGACUGCCUCACUACGGCUUUGCCGGCCAACGAUUCUAGAUUCGAAUUCUUGAAAAAACGAUUCAAGUUUCACAUGUUUACGAAUUUAUUCGCUACCAAACACCCCGCAGAAAGGGUUUUUAAUCGAGCUAACGUGCAGGAUUUUUUGCUAUGGAUUUACAACGGCGACGAAAAACUAGUCGAUAAGAAUUUCAAGCAACAGGUCCUGUUUCCUAAUGGGUUUUUGGUGCAGUUUAAAUCUUGCUUUAGAGAGUGCUUCCAAGCUACCAAAUCGAUGGAAGAGUUUUUAAUGUGGUGUUUCGAGAGUGAAGCGGAAAGGAGCCAGUUUAAACGCGAGAUGAUUUAUAAAUAUCGCGAGUAUAAGAUGAUCGAAGAUUUACUGACACGUAGAAGGUAUCGUAGAGCUAUGUUGUUCUGGUUUUUCGACGGCGAUCUCAGCGCAAUUGAGAAAUUCACGGUCGAAUGUUCGCGUAAUCCGAUCUAUGAAGAUGAUACUGAUGCGGCUGCUGAAGCUAAUCCUGAUGCUAAUGCUGAAGCUGGUCCUGGCGCUGCUGCUGAGGCUAAUCCUGACGCCGUUGCGGAAGCUGGUCCUGAUGCUAAUGCUGAUGCUGAUUUGGAUGCUAAUGCUGAACCUGAAGCAGGUCCGGAUGCGAGAGCUGAUGCUGCAGAGCUGAUCCAGGAGCUGAGGCAGAUGUUUAACAUUUGACGAAUAAAGUUGUGAGCGGAUGAUUGGUGGGAUAAAACGAUAUUUUUUUAAUGUUAUUCGUUAGAAUUGUGCGAUGAAUGAAGGAUUUUUUUUUUUUAAAUAUUUACUUAUUAUGUUUUUACCAAUUCAGAAUUGGAUUUUAUUUUCAAAUGUAUUGAUCUAGAAUACAUUGUAGGUAUGUACUAUUUCGAGUAUAUCAACGUUAUUUAAUUUGUAAUGUAUUUUUGUUUAAAUUUUGUUUAUUUUUUUUUAUUUUUACAUUUUUAUGUAUGUAGGUACGACAAGUUCCUUCAUAUAUGUAUUUCUUUUUUUGUUGAAGAUAAUUGUUUUCAGUUGAA